UGCUCAUCAAUUAUCACCCACUCCUCCCCCACUGGACCACACUCCAUUACUCGCCCAUCCAUUCAAAAUCCACCACGUGUCCACAUCAAAAUUCCAAAAUCCCCAUUUUACCCCUAAAGUCACAAUCUCCUUCAUCCGCCACGUGCCCAAAAUCAUAAAACAAAACAACCAAUUAUUUCACCACUCUCUCUCUCUCUCCCUCUCUUCCCAACCUCAUCCGCCGCAGCCGCCGCCGCCGCGGCGCCACCGCCCUUACCGAAAUCCAGAAACCCAACAUGCCAUAGCCCCCCCAAAUCAACAAACCCAAAAAGAAAAAUUUCAAAAAAUGCUCUCCCCGCGCGAUUUACUCUCUCUCUCUCUACUAAUCUGCUCAUCAUUAGUAAUACUCCCAUUCUCUCACUGCGUGGAAGAAGCCUCAAUCUACGAAGCUCUGCAGCUCCACGGCCUCCCGAUGGGCCUCCUCCCCAAAGGGAUCAAGAACUUUACGCUGGAAAGUUCCGGAAUGUUCGAGGCCCGCCUCGACCGCGCCUGCAACGCCAAGUUCGAGAACGAGCUCCACUACGACAUGAGAGUCUCCGGCGCCCUCCGCUACGGCCGCAUCGACGAGGUCUCCGGGAUCUCCGCCCAGGAUUUGUUCCUCUGGUUCCCCGUCAUCGGAAUCCGCGUCGACGUCCCCAGCUCCGGCCUCAUCUACUUCGACGUCGGCGUCGUGUCCAAGCAGUUCUCUCUCUCCUCAUUCGAGACCCCCCGAGAUUGCUUCGCCGUGGCUCAGAUCCCGUCGGAGAAAGUGCAACCGUAUGAGCUUGAUCACGGGAAUGCUGCUAGAACGACGUGGUAGCUCUUGCAUAUGAACGUUAUGCACAUUAGCUCAAUCAUGAUACUCGCAGUUGCACGUUGCCUAUGUAGUGUGCUGAGUCGGGAAAGUAGUCGUCUUGGAUCCUCCCCCCGUUACACGAUCAGCAUUGCUUCGAAGGAGAAGGAUCCCAAGAGUCGAAGAUAUGGGAUUUUGGAGACGAGGAAGCCGGUGCUCGUGGCCGGGAAUCAGGUGAUAAAACUUGCCUAAGUAUGUUACCAUGUGAGCUGGAAUUGUUGAAUUGAUUUCCUUUCUUGUAGUAUAUAUUAAUGUACAUUGGCUGUCAAAUAAUGAAUGAAAAGUGCCCCUUUUUUGCCUCA